AUGGCUGGUCCGGCCACUCUGCUUGUGUCCGUUGGGCACCAGGCAGGGGCUCUCCGCACCCUCUGGGCUGCUGCAGCCCCCCACCCUCCCCACAACCCCCCACAGCCUUUCCACACCCACCCAGGUGAUCCCAGGCCAGAGAGGCUGGCGAGGUGUGAGACGCUUCGAGAGAUGGCUCUGCACAGCAAGAUGUCCCAACUAGUAGAAGCAACUUCCCGGCUUGUACAAGUAGAGCAGACUCUCCUGCUCCCUCUCCUUCUCCCUGUAGAGCAUCCUCUUCCUCUCCACCCAAAAGAUAGCAUUGAGUUUAGAAAUAUCUGUAGUCACAUGGCUUUACAAGGAGAGGGACAACAAUUUGAGAGAGACUUACAUGAAGCCCACCAGUGUUUGAAGACCAUCAUUGAGAAACUCAUUUGUUCAUUUGCAGUUUUCCCCUCAGAUUCUUAUAUCCCGGUUCAAUCUGCUCUGAGACAAAUCCUGCAGAAUCUCCUGGCAAUGUGA